AUGCCUGCCCAUCCAAAGCCAAAUGCACUUCCAAACCCGAUCAGAGUGGACGCCAGCACGGGGCUCAAGCCUACAACCUUCGUAGCCAAGGGUCGAAAUAAUGACCCCCAUCACCCGAGGGGGCGCCCGCGGUUGACAGCAAGCAUCGGUUUCGACGGGCUUCGUCCAAGUGACGCGACCACUGCUUCCAAUUUGCUCGUCUCCCCAACGGACCACUGCGAUUCUGCACUUUGCGCGCCAGCAGAGUCCCGCUAUGCCGUCUUCAACAUCGGUUUCAACAUUUCCACAGCAUCAGCCAGUCCUAUCAACCCACAACCUGACCCUAACGAGCUCCCUCUUGACAGCCAAGCCCAUCGUAUCCUUGAUCUUCUAUCUUGGCCGGCCGAGGUGUACUCGAGGAAUUGCAAAGACGCUUUACAACUGAACUGGCCUCGAUCACCUGCCCGAUCGAAAGCCCACGGUUCGAGUCCCGUUUUUGCUGCUGGCGAGACGAUGCCGACUGCCGAGUGGACCGUCACGACGAUCCAGCACCUGCUGGGCACAUUCUCAAUCGGUCGCGCCACUCACGGCCGCCACAAUGGCACAUCAAACGAGGAAAAGUGGGGUUUCGAGGAAUCUCUUGUUUCAUCAUUGUUGCGCUUACUUCCAUUUCGAGUAAGAGUGUUGCGUGAAGAGAUUCGAAGGUCGGUUCCACCAGAAGACGACGACGGAUGCCUCUUGCUGACGCUGUUUCCGAGGCAAUCUCCUUCGAUUCCGGUGAAAAGGUGCUAA